AUGAGAGAAAUUGUGCAUUUACAAGUCGGUCAAUGUGGUAAUCAAAUUGGAUCAAAGUUCUGGGAGAUCAUAGCUGAUGAACAUGGAAUUGAUCCAAAUGGAAAUUAUCAUGGAGAUACCGACCUUCAAUUGGAAAGAAUUAACGUUUACUUUAAUGAAGCCAAUGGUAAUCGAUAUGUUCCACGUGCAGUACUAGUAGAUUUGGAACCUGGCACUAUGGAUGCAGUAAGACAGUCACCUUAUGGUCGCUUGUUCCGUCCAGAUAACUUUGUUUUUGGACAAUCAGGAGCUGGCAACAACUGGGCUAAGGGUCAUUAUACAGAAGGUGCUGAACUUGUCGAGUCCGUACUUGAUGUGAUUCGUAAGGAAGCUGAAGGAUGUGAUUGUAUUCAAGGAUUUCAAAUGACUCAUUCUCUGGGUGGCGGUACUGGAAGUGGAAUGGGAACACUCUUGAUUGCGAAAAUUCGUGAAGAAUAUCCAGAUCGUAUUAUGAAUUCAUUUUCCGUCAUUCCAUCACCAAAAGUAUCAGAUGCAGUCGUUGAACCAUACAAUGCCACGUUGUCUGUUCAUCAAUUGGUCGAGAAUACAGACGAAACUUUCUGUAUUGACAAUGAAGCACUUUACGAUAUUUGUUUCCGUACAUUGAAACUUACGUCUCCAUCAUAUGGUGACCUGAAUCAUUUGGUUUCGGUCACCAUGUCAGGCGUAACGACAUGUUUGAGAUUUCCAGGUCAAUUAAAUGCUGAUUUGAGGAAGCUUGCCGUAAAUAUGGUUCCAUUUCCACGUCUUCAUUUCUUCAUGCCUGGCUUUGCACCACUUACAGCUAAGAGCUGUCAACAAUAUCGGGCAAUGACAGUCAGUGAAUUGACACAGCAAAUGUUUGAUUCUAAAAACAUGAUGACAGCAUGUGAUCCUAGACAUGGACGUUAUUUGACAGUAGCCGCAAUUUUCCGUGGCCCAAUGUCAAUGAAGGAAGUCGAUGAACAGAUGUUAGGUGUCCAAAAUAAGAACAGCAGUUAUUUCGUCGAGUGGAUUCCAAACAAUGUUAAAGUUGCUGUCUGCGAUAUUCCACCACGUGGCUUGAAAAUGUCUGCAACAUUCAUUGGCAAUACAACAGCCAUUCAAGAAAUUUUCAAGCGCAUUUCCGAACAAUUCACGGUCAUGUUCCGUCGUAAAGCUUUCCUCCAUUGGUAUACUGGCGAAGGUAUGGACGAAAUGGAAUUCACAGAAGCUGAAAGUAACAUGAACGAUUUGAUAUCUGAAUAUCAACAAUAUCAAGAAGCAACAGUUGAUGAUGAUGGUCUUUUUGAUAGCGAAGAUAUUGCCGAGGAAGAAGUUCAAGAAUAA